AUGUCUGCAAACCUUACAGCCGCAGGCGUAAUCACCCAUGGCGCUGUGAUUUUGGAUGCCAAGUAUGAUUAUCGAGCGAACCUAUACCAGGAACCAGAUGUUGACGACAUGGACGACUUCGAUGAUACGACCAUCUAUCCCAAUCUUCCCCACAGAGUCACAGAUGCCCUCUACGGAUUGUGCGACGCAGAGCUGACUUGGGCCGACCUGACACUGGAUGUAAACCCCCUACUAGCACUCAUUAAGCCUUACUGCCUUACGCAGUGGCCCAAGGUUCGACAGGCAGCACCAGAUGAAAUGGACGGUCUGAGCCUCAAGCUCGUCACUCCGACCAGCGGGACUCCGUCACUUUUUUUCCCUGACUUCCAAACACACGACAAAUUUCUUGCUUUCAUGGAUGAUCCUCACAGCUUGGACAAUAUGCUACAAGGUAUGGAAGAUACAGUCCGCGAAUUAAGGAUUGUAUAUGCAGACGACGCACCCAAUCUUGGCGCUCGUCCCGAUCCGCCCUUCAAGCCUAGGGAACAUGCACUUCUUCGCAAAUCAGAAGAGUGGGCACUCUAUCGAGAGGCACUGCUAUGGGGCCGAUUCUGGGCGCAGCAUGGGUUCAAUUUUAACCGGCUCACGAACAUUACGUUCGUGAUGCCAAAGCCGAUGCUGUUUCUGGACAGCACCAUCCUCGGGUAUCUGACGCACCCGCAGCUUUCCUGGAAGAGGACAGAAACCGAGUAUCAGGGGAGCCGCUGCGUCAUGGUGAGGGUAGAAUGCGAGCGAAUCUACAACCAUGCAGUCUUGUUUUCCAACAACAUGAGAGUGGCUCUGCCAAAUACAGAAUGCGAAUAUAUUAAGGAGCAUAUGGCGCACUAUGGUUGGCCCAACAUCGAGAUAAUUCCAAAGCAUCUCAAGAAGCGCCUCCCUCUUAACCCUGCCGAAAAGCAACGUCGGCGAGACAAGAAGUUAGCUAGGAGGGUGGCGGCCGCGAGGCAACCGAGGUGGACGCCAAACGAGCUUCGAAGCGGAAGAAGGAGGAACUCCUCGGGACGUUAUGUUUCUAUGACUUGA